ACACACUAAAAUGGAGUUUGGAUUAAUUCAGUCCCGUGGAUGCAAGAGCUCCACUCCAUGGAUCUACUUGACCUUUCUUUGCUCAAUGUGCAUGUGGACCAACGUGGAGUGCUGGUCUUACAACUUCUCGAGCACCACCAUGACCUGGUCUAGAGCCCGAGCCUGGUGCCAGAAGCACUACACCGACAUGGUGGCAAUCCAGAACCAGGAGGAGAUCGCACAUCUCAACAGCUGGCUCCCAGGGAAAGCCGGCUACUACUGGAUCGGGAUCCGCAAGGUGAGCGACGUGUGGACCUGGGUCGGGACCAACAAGUCGCUGACCGCAGAGGCGACCAACUGGGCAAUAGGCGAACCCAACAAUGGCAGGACUGGGCAAAGUUCGGGACAGAAGGAGGACUGUGUGGAGAUGUACAUCAAGAGGGAGCAGGAGACGGGCAAGUGGAACGACGAGAGGUGCAGCAAGAUGAAGACUGCUCUGUGCUACACAGCUGCCUGUAAGAACGACUCGUGCCUCCACGGAGACUGUGUGGAAACCAUCAACAGCCACAAGUGUGACUGCUUUGAAGGAUUUUAUGGAGACAAGUGUGAACAGGUCGUUCAGUGCAACAGAAGCGAGAUAACCGUCCCCAGUAAAGGAAACGUAAACUGCACCCAUAACUACGGAGAUUUCUCCUUCGACUCGUCCUGCCGGUACUCCUGUGAGGACGGAUACCAGCUGAGCACGCCCAGACCUCUGAGGUGCACUGCCUCCGAAACGUGGUCGGAGCAGCCGCCGACGUGUGACUUGGUUCAGUGUGAGAAGCUGCUUCAACCUGAGAGCGGAUCCAUGAAGUGCUCCGAUCCUCUGGGCCCCUCCAGCUUUAAGUCCACCUGCGUCUUUACCUGUGAUGAAGGCUAUGAACUGACUGAUUCCUCAUCCAGCACUCUGCAAUGUGAAGCAUCAGGCAGCUGGAACGCCUCACAACCUGUCUGUGCAGCCGUCCAGUGCCCCGAGCUCAGACAUCUAGACAACGGCGCCGUCAGAUGUGGGGAUGAUGCAGACACGAGGUUCAGCUACGGAAACACCUGCAGCUUCAGCUGUGACUCCGGAUAUCGCCUGGUGGGGCCGAGUAGGGCCACGUGCACAUCAGCAGCCAAGUGGAGCGAGCAGGUGCCCCGCUGUGAAGCCGUCACUUGCCAGAAUCCAGAAGGAGAAGCUCACCUGCUCACUCGGUGCAGCGAACCUUUGUCUGAUCUGAGGCCGAACUCCACCUGCAGCUUCACCUGUGAAGCAGGAUUUGAGCUGCAGGGAGCUCAGACGUCUCAGUGCUCCGCGGACGGGCGGUGGACCACAGCUGUACCUACCUGCAGAGCAAUAGGAUGUCCACUUCCACAGACUCCAGCAGGUGGCCAAAUCAGCUGCAGCCCUUCACCUGCUGCCUCUGCGAGCCCACACCCGCUCGGCACCGUCUGCACCUUCAGCUGCGAUGAAGGCCACGAGCUGCAGGGUGAAGGCAGCGUCAAGUGUGCACAUCCGGGCCAGUGGACGUCCAGAGCACCAACCUGCACAGCUGUAAGAUGCCCGUUGCCCGAAGCUCCUGAAAACGGCCGCGUCAACUGCACGGCCGGUGAGCUGGUGUUCAACUCGCAGUGCUCCUUCACAUGCCAUCAAGAUUUCACCUUAGACGGACACGAGCUGCUGACCUGUGAUCGUCACGGCAACUGGACGGGAGAGCACCCCACCUGUCGAGCUCCUUCAUCCAAAGCUGCCGCCGUGGCCUCUGGCGUGGCUGCAGGAGGAACCGCGGUUCUGUCCGGUCUGUCUCUGACCAUGUGGAUCUUGAAGCGACUGAGGCGCAAAGCAACACAGUUUGAGCUGAACAGCAACUCCGACAUCGAGCCUCCGCCGCAGGUCUACAAGAACAGCAUCGACAGCCUCAUCUAGAGCGCAGCAGCCACGUGGCUCAGGAGGCCCAUGUCCUGAACACAGCCAUGUGAACAUGUGAAUAAUCUGCAUUCGUGUAACACUCAGUGUGUCAGAGCUGUCAUCCGUGAGCAGAAAGGCCGUCUUUACAUUUCCCAUUUGGCCGUUGCAUUCUGUUUUGCUGCCAUUAUGACCAGAAGACGCCUGGUUGCUCCGUGAUGUUCUUCAGCCGUGUAUUUCCUCCCAAGGGGAGUUUCAUAUCGAGCACAUUGCUCUACAGCUUUAAUGGAGAUGCUGGUUUCAUGUCUCUGUAAAUGUCGUGGGUGCAUAACUGUGAGUAAUUUCCAUAAAUAGAUUGCUGUAUUUAUGUACUAUUUAUUAAGAUUGAAAUGCUGUUUUUUUCUUACAGCAGGAUUUUAAAGCAUCAUGUUGUAUAUCUGCAUCUGUGCUUCUUGGAGGUUUUUCUCAUGUACACACUAAACUAAUAAAACUUCCAAACCUCA